AUGGGUCUACAACUUCCCUCCUUCUCAAUACUUCUCGGUUCAUUCCUCUUUGCGUUUGUGGUGUUAAACAUACUGAAAAGAUCAUCAAAAACUAUAAACUCUUCUUCGAAACUACCCCCGGGACCAUGGAAGUUGCCCGUCAUAGGAAAUUUGCACCAGCUUAUGAGCUCUUUGCCCCAUCAUGCACUAAGAGACUUGGCCAAGAAGUAUGGACCCUUGAUGUACAUACGAACUGGACAGGUUCCAACAUUAGUGGUUUCAUCGCCGGAGUCUGCGAAAGAGGUGAUGAGAAAUCAUGACGCCAGCUUUGCUUCUAGGCCAGUCUUUCUUUUUACAGAGAUAUUGUUCUAUAAUUCAAGGGACAUUGUGUUUUCUCCGUAUGGCGAAUAUUGGAGACAACUGCGAAAAAUAUGCACGCAGGAGCUCUUGAGUGCGGCGCGAGUUAAAACUUUUAGACCCAUUAGAGAGGAAGAGAUGUUCAAUCUCAUGGAAUGGAUUGCUUCAAAUGUUGGCUCUUCUAUAAAUCUCACUGAAAGAAUUCACUCCUCAACUUAUACGAUCGCAUCACGAGCAGCCUUCGGUAAGAAAAGCAAAGAUCAAGAAGAGUUCAUAUCAGUCGUAUUGGAAGCUUCAAAGAUAGCAUCAGGUUUCGAUCUCGCAGAUGUGUUUCCUUCAUUUGGUUUUCUUGAUUCUCUUUUCUUCGGUACGAGGGCUAAACUGGAAAGCCUGCGUGAAAAGUCUGACCGGAUAAUUGAAAACAUCAUUACGGAACAUAAGGAGAAGCCAGCAGCAAAGCGUGGAAAAAGUGAAACAGUGGCAGAAGAUCUGGUAGAUAUUCUUCUAAAGUUUCAUAACAGUGACAUUGGCUUUUCCCUUACAACUGAUAAUGUUAAAGCAAUAAUCAUGGACAUCUUUUCUGCUGGAACUGAAACAUCUGCUACCGUUUUGGACUGGGCAAUGGCAGAAUUGAUAAAGAAUCCAAGAAUCAUGAAGAAAGCACAGAAUGAGGUGAGGGAAGUAUUUCGUAGAAAGGAGUCGGUUGAUGAAACAGCCAUUAGUGAGAUGACAUAUUUGAAAUCAGUUGUUAAAGAGACAUUAAGGUUACAUCCUUCUGGUUCCCUUAUUCCAAGAGAAUGCAGAGAAAAGUGUGAGAUUAAUGGCUAUAAGAUACCUGCGAAAAUUAGAGUCAUCAUUAAUGCAUGGGCAAUUGGAAGAGAUCCCAAAUAUUGGACUGAACCCGAGAGUUUUAUGCCAGAAAGGUUUAUUGAUAACCCUAUUGACUACAAAGGAGCAAAUUUUGAAUACAUUCCAUUUGGAGCUGGAAGGAGAAUAUGCCCGGGCUUGUGGUUCGGUCUGAUUAAUAUUGAACUCCCUCUUGCAAUGUUGCUCUACCAUUUCGACUGGAAGCUCCCGAACGGAAGGAAAUAUGAGGACUUAGACAUGACUGAGUCUUUCGGCGGAACAAUUUGCAGAAAAGAUGAUCUGCACUUGAUUCCCAUUGCUUAUGACUUCUCUCCUAUUGAAAAAGCAGCUACUAAGAGAAUGAAUAAGUAA